AUGAAAGGCCAUCUUUUGCUUCUCGAAGCGAGCGCUCUUCUGGUGGUGCUUGGCGUUCAGCAAGCCAAGUCGGAACACAGCCACACGUUCAGCAAGGACUCGCAGCUGGAGGACAACCCCGGAUUUCAGAUGUUCACGUUCGACUACGGCUGGAGGUUUCAACUGGGUGAUGCGAGUGGCAGUACGAACACGACCUGUCCGGCCAGCGAGUUUCCCAAGAACCUCACCGGUGUAGAGAUCUCGGGACUGCACAGGAGCGAUGCGCAGACCCUGGAAACGUGCCGUGGUGCAUGCUGCCUGGACCCGACCUGUGAGGUGUGGCAAUGGGCCGGUACGCCGGACGAGCACCAGCUGGGUUGCUGGAUUGGUCAAAUGGGCCCCAUGCACCACAACAGUCCGCGCUGGCAGAGCGGCGGCCGGGAUAUCUCCCCGGGACCUCGCCCCACCGCACCACCAGCAACCAGUGGACCAACAAGUCGUGGCUACAACGACUCUUCCUGGGCACUGGUGGACGCACCACACGACGGUAUCAUUGGUGGCGUGUAUUCCCAAGAUGCGUCUGGGAGUCAUGGCUACUUACCAUUCAACAUCACCUGGUACCGAAAGCACUUCAACUUGCCGGCCGAGUGGAAGGGCCAGAGCGCGAUCAGCGUGUACUUUGAAGGCGUCUUCAAGUCCAGCACAGUCUACCUUAACGGAAUGGCCCUGGUGUCGCACGCAAGCGGUUACACCAGCUUCGUUGCACGCUUGGACAACGCCUCGACUCUGCUGUACGGUGACGGGCCGGAGAACGAGAAUGUACUGGCCGUCAUGGCAACGGCCAGUGGUGGAAGCGGCUGGUGGUACGAGGGAGGUGGCAUCUACAGACGCACGUUCCUGGGCAGAACGCCGACGCAGGUGCACUUCGUGGCCGACGGACUCUACGCAAUGAGUAACGUCACAGGGAAGAUCACCGCGCACCGGGAAUCGGAUCCAGCGUCCGGAAUGGUGGCCAGUGAGGCUGCCAUGGACCCCCGUGUUGAAGUGGUACAUGACGGGGCAGCGGGAGGUAAAGCAGGCCCGUUCACCGUGGUCUUCAGAAUUCGCAACAGUGAGGGGGAAGUGCUGGGAUCCACGGUAACGAAUCAGUUUGAGCUGGCUCCCGGCGAGACGCUGUUAGCGGGUGGACCUGAGCUCGUUCUGACGGACGUCGAACUGUGGAGCUCAGCAAGACCUUACAUGCACAGCCUGGAGACGGUCAUGAUGAACGGCGACAUCAUCAUAGACAACAUCACCAAAACAAUGUUUGGUGUGCGUCGGGCACAGUGGACCGCUGAUGAGGGAUUCUUCCUGAACGACCAGCCGUUCAAAUGGCGCGGAUUCUGUGACCAUAAUGACUUUAGUGGCAUUGGGACGGCAUUAUCGGAACGUCUUCAUUUGUUCCGCGCCCAGUCGCUCAGAUCAGUGGGUGGGAACAGCUGGCGAAUGAGUCAUAAUCCGCCAGCCCCUCCUCUGCUGGAUACCCUCGACGCACUGGGCGUCAUGGUCUGGGACGAGAAUCGCAAUCUGGGUAAUGAGACCGAGUACAUCGAUGCACAGCGCGACAUGGUGAAGAGAGACCGCAACCACCCCAGCGUCAUGUGCUGGUCAUUCUGCAACGAGGGCGGCUGCGAUAAGAGUGCAGCGAUUGGCGCCAUCUUCAAGAGGGUCUCGUACGAACAGGACCCAAUGCGGCCGGUGACCGCCAACACACAGCAGUAUGGGCCAGGUGACUUGAGUGAUGUUCUCGAUGUCCAGGGCUUCUCACAUAGACCCGGGAGCAUGUUCGACAGCUUCCACGCUAAGUACCCGUCCAUCCCUACCAUAGGCUCGGAGUGCUGCUCUUGUCGCACACAGCGAGGCGAGGACGUGGCAAACUCUUCAGGAAAACUGUUUGGCAACUUCAACGGGGAUUGCUUGCAAUCACAGACCGGAGUAGAAAUGUCACGCAAGUUUGUGUCGGGAAUCUUAGUCUGGACGCUGUUCGACUACUAUGGCGAGCCAACGCCGUACAACUGGCCACACGUAUCCAGCUCGUUUGGAUCUCUAGACUUGGCCGGAUUUGCCAAGGCGGGAGCCAGCUACUACCGGGCCUGGUGGCUACUGAACUCCACUAACAUGUCAGCAUCAGUUCAUGACCAGGUUCACAGGGCUCCCAUUCUGCCCGACUCACGCAUGGCCAGUCAGAGUGAUGGCCUCAAGACCGGCGAUGCGCAGUUCAUGACCCACAUAGUGGAGCACUGGCAGAAGGACAUGGGCGGACAGUCGCGCUCAGUGCAUGCCUACACGAAUGCUCCCAUGGCCGAACUGUUUGUGAAUGGCAAGUCCUACGGGCGUGUGAGUGUUUCAUGGAUUGGCUAUGCUGCCUGGGACAAGGUCACCUAUGCCGAUGGCAACCUAACUGUUACCGGAUUGAAUGCAGCCGGACAGGUGGUUGCCUCACAUACAAUCAUGACUCCGGGUGCAGCAGCCAGCUUGCAAAUCUCAUUGGAUGCACCAAACACGCAGGCAGGUAUGGGCGAUGCCCUUGUGCUGGAUGGACAUGACAUGGCGCUGGUCAGGGCAUCCAUCUUGGAUUCCAAUGGGCAGGUUGUCAUGGCAUCGGGCCACAACGUCACCUUCACGGUGGACUCAGGACCGGGGCGCGUCAUCGGCGUCGGCAACGGUGAUCCAAUGUGCCACGAACCAAAUACGGUCAACUGGCGCAGCUCCUACCAUGGUUUGGUGAGAGCCAUUGUGAAAGUCACCGAACACCAGACUACCAGUGAAGCGGAGUAUCGCUUCUUGAAGCAGGUCGACGCAGAAGGAAACAUUCGGACGCGGAUCCGUGCCCCCUGGGAACCCCAGCAUGCUCUGGAGGGAAUCCAGGUCACGGCACACGCGAUGCUGAACGGCAAACAGCUGCAGGUAUCUAUCACCAUUCCAGUGUCAACCGACUUUGACCGCCACAGUCCGCAAGCUGUGGCAAGGCGCUGGAUGAUGGAUAAAGAGGAUCGAGGUAAAUAA